AAGUUGUUUCCUUGCUUACAGACGCGCUGGUGAGUGUGCUCAGCUAUCUGUUUAGCAAGAUGAAUAUGGGAAAUGGGACCAGGAGGAAAUCUGUGCGACAGACAAGAUACAGUGCAGUGGAUGCUGACCCCGACACCCUGAUUGAGACUAAAAGUCUGUUCAGUAAAAUUUGGACUUAUGCUAAACCGUCCAAUGGGGACUGGUGCAUACCAGAACCCAAUGUGUCCCUUAAAUACCCUGCCUCUGUACACAGUAAUUUGGAGACAUUGAAGACUUCAUUGAAUGCAGUGAAAAACCAACUCAGCGACAAAAAUGUCCAAGUUUGGCACCAACACACCAACUCCACCAACCGGGCAGGAAAGGUCAUGAACGCAGUUCGCUCUGUGGCAAAUGCAGAGAUCUGUACUCAGGCCUGGUGCAAGUUUUAUGAGAUUUUAGGAACAUUUGAUCUCAUCCCAGGGCAAGUAUUACAAAAUGGGGAGUUAAAUACAGUCCAUUUGUGCGAGGCUCCCGGGGCUUUUGUUUCUGCUUUGAACCACUACAUAAAAACCAGUGAAAAAACUCGCUAUGUUGACUGGAGCUGGGCUGCCAACACUUUGAACCCCUAUCACGAGGCCAAUGGUGGGGGUACGACCAUUGCAGAUGACAGACUGAUAGCCAAUACUUUGCCCUGGUGGUUCUUUGGCUCUGAUAAUACAGGGAACAUCAUGAUACAGCAACAUUUGUUGGAGCUUCAGGCCUUUGUAGCUAACAUGUCCAGAGUGGACCUGGUGACUGCGGAUGGAAGCUUUGACUGCCAGGAGAACCCGGACGAGCAAGAGGCACUGGUGGCGUCUCUUCAUUACUGCGAAGUCACAGCUGCUUUACUGCUGCUGACCCCAGGCGGCUCUUUUGUCCUCAAAAUGUUCACUCUUUAUGAACACUCCUCUGUUUGUCUGUUAUAUCUGCUCAGCUGCUGUUUCCACUCUGUCCAUGUGUUUAAACCUGCCACCAGUAAAGCUGGCAACUCUGAAGUAUAUGUUGUAUGUUUAAACUUUGAGGCCAAAGAAACUGUUCGACCCUUGCUCUCAAAACUUAUUCGAAAUUAUGGACCAAACUUAGCCCAUUUAGCUCUUUUCCCAAACACUGUGAUACCUGACACCUUUAUGAAACAACAUGAGGACAUGUGCUCAUACUUUCACAAGCUGCAGGUAGAAACUAUCUCAGAGAACUUGAGGUUAUUUGAAAAAAUAAGCCCUCAACAAAGGCAGAGACUGGACCACAUCAGAGAUUAUGUUGCUCAGGAAUAUUUGCAGCGCUUUGAGGUGAGGUUUCUGCCACGGAGCAGGUGGAUUUCUCGUAACACAGUGACUCCUGCCUGCUGCAGUGUCUCUGCAGGACGCCCUUUGGGACAGAAGAAACAAACAGGCUCCUUCAACGAGCGCAGGGAGCUGCAGACCCUGAGCUGGAGGGAGCGUAUCCACAAGAGUUGCCAUGCUGUGGGUGUGCAAAGACACUUGUCUGAGCCUGCUGGGGCAGGCUGUAUACUGCAGGGGCCCCUGAUCAAUUGUCAAGUGGCUUCGUGGUACAUUAUUGUUGGAGCUGCACUGCCUGCUGUCAGGAACUCCCCGUUCUGUGAGGUCGAGCUCUUAAAUCACUUAAAUGAAGCGCUAGACUCAGCUCAGACUUUAGACUGGACUGGAGUAUCUCCUUGUGCCUCGUGCCAUGUGGUGUGCCCGGGAUCAGUCUUAUCAGAUGUGGCAGGCCUCUGUGCCUCUGGUGUCCACACUGACCAACAGAGAAGACAAUGCUUGGUGUUUGGCAGCUGCACAGUGUGGGAGCCCUUUCAGAGCCUUGGAGAUUUUGACUUAACAUUUUGUGCAGAGCCCUCUUUCCCACAGACAGGUGCACUCCUCCUUCAUGAUGGGGAGCCCUCAUAUCAACAGGAGAUGUUAAACUGUGUUGUAGUCUCCCUGCAGCGCUUGCGCUCAGGGGACAGCCUGUUACUGCCUCUGUUUUCUGCUCUCACACGCGUAGCAGCAGCUGUAGUGUUGUGCCUUCAUAUGAGCUUUCGCUUGGUCUCAUUCAGGUGUCCAAGCCCCACUUCCACUGUGGGGGCUGUUCUCCUCUGCAUUGACUUCUGCCCUGAAGCUGCUGUGGAAAUAUUACCAGUUCUGAAAGAGGUUCAGACUCAAAUAGCCCAACAUUUACAAGAAAAAAGUGACACAGGUAUAAGUCACAGACAGGUGUUGCAAUUUGUCCCCAUAGAGGAGCUCCUCACUCAUGGUGUGACACAGUUUUUGUGCAGUGUCAAUUCAGAAAUCAUCCAUCAGAAACUACAUUUGCUGAUGCAGUCAUAGUCAUAGCAGUUUUUAUAAAACUUUCAUAAACUUACGUUUUAGUUAUAUAUGAUUUUAGGCACUUUUUCAUGUCAAUGGUUAUGAAUAUGCACCUACAGAAAUAAUGCACAAAUAAAAA